AACAUCAUCUGUCAGUUCUAUUUCCUUGCCGUCUUCUUGCUGUGGUCUCCUGGUGAAUGAUCAGAUGGCAAGCAUGUUAUAACACAGGCCUAUCGAGUUACCUACUCAUACAGAACAACUGUAGACCAUUAGCUUAACAUAUAUCAAUGGACGUGGAGGUUUUACUGUACUUACAAAGAGCGCAGUAUCUCCCUGUAUUGAAGGAUGUUCUCGUUUAUCUUGGUCUCCUCUACUUUACACAACUUGAUGGCUUCAUCCACAAGGCUAAGCAGUGACAUAAUGCAGGCAGCCUGGCACUGUCAUGCACAAUGGAUUACAGUUCACAGUGACCAUGCGCAAACAAAACAGCGCUACUAUAUCUGGGGUGUAAUCAUUAGUCCAACACGCUUUGCAUCGGAACACUUUUUACAGCGAAAACAAGAUGUUAUAUUGGACACAUUCAGAAUGGAACAAUUUCGUGGUGUGGGAGACAAAGCAACACUCGUGAACAUAACAGUACUUCGUGGAAAUAACCUGAGGGGCAACAAGACUGAGUCCAUCCUGAACUAUGUGAGAGCUGAGUUCAAUGGCAUCGUCCUGGGAGAUUCUCAGAAGCUGGAUGCUGCUGUGGAUCAGGGCGUGGAUUACAACUUCACCUGCAGCUUUGAGUGCUCAGAUGCUGCCCACACAUUAGAUGACAUGGCACACAAACCUGUCAUAUUGACAGUGAUUGAGGUCCUUCCCAAGGAGAAGAAGCAGAAGGAGGAGAAGACUGCAGUUAUAGGGCAAGCUAUAGUGGACUUGCUACCUCUCUUGCAUGGUCAGGUCAGCUUCUUCUCCACUGUGCUACUUCAUCCAACUCCUGGCUCACCUGCAGAGGCAGCCUCACAGGAGGGCAGCUGUAAACCGUCUCUAGACGUGACCGUCUGUGUUCCCGAGCCUCUGCUAUCCGGCGUCCAGCUGUCUGACUCCAACCUGCUGAAGGUUACUGUGGAGACAGCUUACUCUGUUCCGGAGGUGUGGAACCCUGUCUCUGGGUCUGGUCCUCUCUCCAGCUAUGUGGCUGCCCUGCAGGUUCCCCUCACUGCUGAGAAAGAGCAGGUGCUGAUGUUCUCCAAUGGGCUGCUGAAGGUGGGCGGGGAGAGUGAACCCAUGGGAAGACCCAGGAAGUGGCCCCUGGGUCCCCUGUUGGCUCCUGGAGCUCAGUUCAUACCUGGUGUCUCCAUGGAGGGAGAGCCCAUUGAGAUGGAGGAUGGGGAUCUCACCAGCAUAGAGGACAGGGAUUUCCGGAAAGAAGUGGAGACCAAUAAGAAGAGAGUGAGCUGGGACACAGAGCGUCGUUGCUUUCUGGAUGCAGAUGGUGCAGCCUGUCUGACCCGUAGGAUAGCAGAAAGCAGACUGUGGCCAGUAGAGGUCAUGAGGUCACCACAGGUUGGAGCCACUAAGGGAGGGAAGGCUGGCAAAGACAAGGCAGGUGAGGAUGAGACCCAACUCUCCUUCCAUGGAGUGGCAUACGUGGACAUGGCGCCCCUGUUGUACCCCGGGGCGAGGCGUGUCCGUGGAGCGUACCGGCUCUACCCCUUCUACGACUCUGACCUACUGGUCAAGGCUAAGAGAAACAUCAGUGUUCUGAGAGAGAGUAUCAGGGCUCCGGCCACCCAGGGCCGAGGUAGGGCCCCCUCCUCCGUAGGCUCCUGCAAGGCGGUCCCUAGUAAGAUGUUUGACGGCGGUCACAAGGGCGGGAAGGACACCAAGGACUCGCCCAAAAGGCCCGGGACACAGGGGAAGUCAGCACCCAUUGGCACUGAUAGUGUGACGCUGGUUGAAACUGAACAGCAGCAACAAGUGAACACAGAGGGUCAGAUGUAUGCAGAUUCCAGAACCUACAUCAUCAUUGAAAUCGCUCUUGAGAAGUCGCUGGUGCCAAAGAGAUCACCGGAAGAGUUAGUCAAAAGGUAACGUGACGUUUGUUCAACUUUAAUUAAACAUAUGGAAUGGCCUUAAAGAUUAACAUGUAAGUCUGAAGUAAUUGAGUGGAAGUACUGCAGUAAUAUAGAUUGGAAUGGGAAGAAAAAGGGGUGGUUUGUUUGAAUAGAUGUUGUAGUAGCAGUUGGUAACGUUGUAGCAAUAUCCUAGUAAUGUUGUUGUAACAUUGUUUUAUGGUUUACUACGGUUUCUCUGCCUUUCUGUUGAAAGGGUGAUGGAGCUGAUACCUCCUAGAGCUCCUUUGCCUCGCAGACCUGCUGGAGCAGAGAGAGUAAACCACCACACACACACACACACAUUCCACAAACGCAAUCCAAAAAUGUGGUCUAAUGAUUGAUUGCACUUCCCUCAAUCAUUACAUUCACUCUGAGUGAUUGCCAUCUUGUGGCCAUAAUCUAGACUUGUGUAGAGGCAUAAAAUGCCAGUGGUUUCCAGUGAUGUAGCUGCUGUCUCCUGCGGUCCAGCACAUCCCAAACCAACGUCACACUUAACCUUAUAACGGGCUCUGGGAAAUGUAAAUCGUUACCAAAUGUCAUAAUUGUUUGAAAACAAGUCUAUUUUUAGCCUUACAUAUCCCUUCCUUCCUUGCGGCUUUGCUUCCUUCCUUGCUUCCCUACUUCCUUCCUUCUAUCCUGCUGUACCAGGCUGUGCAGGAGUACCAGGCCCAGAUAGCCAGUGUGGCAGGCCAGGUGUUGGAGCAGUACCAGCAGCUGUUCGGGCCUGCCUUCCUGCCUGGAGAGAAGCCUCUGGACCCAACCAGCCAGGAGCAGCGCAAGACCAAGCUC